AUUACCAACCGUUGGUGUUGGGCCCGAACUACGGUCAGUUCGGUCCGUGUCCUCGGUUCGUCACCAUCGCUCGCCAGCGAGUAGCCGGGUGCCCGUGUUCACGAUCGAGAACACAAGGAGAAGGCUACGUUGCAGUUUUGGCCUUGAACGGGUAGCCCACAGGCACCUUUCGUAGGUUGGAAGUGAAGUGAACCAAGAGGCCGAGUGGAGGUGCAACAGGAUCCACCAGGCAGGCUGGCGAUGUGACGCAAAUAUUGUAACUCUUGUACCCGAGCGCGCGCCACUGGAGGUGACAAAUUCUGUGUUCUGUGCGAGUGCAACGGAAGAAACCAUGUCUAGUGCACCGCUGUUGACUACAGACACCCUGGAAAACCCAAACCAGCUGGCCGGGAGGUUUGAUUAAUGUGUGGCUGCUGCUGGCGUGUGUGAAUCGUCUACCGUACGUCUAGUGUUUUGCAUAAUCUGUUUGCUACGUGUAAGUGGGAACGAACGCUUAAAGCUAGCGUGCCUAUCCGCUGGGUACAUCCAGCGUUGGGAACCAACCAACCCUCAGUCUAUCAACGUCCAAGAUCAAAAGUGAACGACGCUUAGUGGGUUCCAAAAUGUUUCGUUCUGGCUAGCAGUGAUGUGAUAGUGGUAAAUAUGCAGCAGAGGCACCCAAACCAAACAGGCCUCCCUACUAGAACUCGCUCCAGCACAAACCUCUUUUUCGCACUAAUUAAAUAAUCAUUCGUUGCGAACAAGUGGCCAGUGGCGAGCGGGCGACCACCCACGACGACGACGAGUGACCAAAGUGAGGGGGGAGUGGUGGGUGGUAUUGUGCCCCUUGGGCGGAACACGGAACACUUUGUGGACGACGGAUGGGCAUUAGUUGCUAGUGGAGCUACGUUUCCGGGAGGAUAAACCUUGCCGGCCUCAAGCGCAACACCGCAGGUGGUACCGGGUACCGGAGACUUGUGGAGCAGUAUUACAACACACAUACAAACCACACCAAGUACAUAAGUUGUUGUUGUUGUUGUCGCACAAGAAUACGCGCGAAGAAAGAGCGAAGAACAAGAGUCUAAAGUCUGGAAGGAAGUAGUAUAGCUCCUUUGGUGGUUGAGUAAAAGCAAACGCGAACAGAAUGAACGGCAACAGCGAUCGUAAGGCGAGUGAGCUACGGCAGCUUCAGCGCCAAGCACCGGCCACGCAGUUGAAGGAGGAACUGGAGGAGGAUGUCGCCGAGGUUCUGGAGACCGAAAAGAUGCUGGCGGAUGAACCGUUCGAUCUGGAUGAACUGCUGCCCGUAAUCGGUGAGUUUGGCCGGUACCAGAAGCUGCUGCUGUGGCUGAUUUGCCUGCCCGCCUGCAUACCGUGUGGAUUCUGUGCCUUCAACCAGCUCUUCAUGACGGACGUACCGGAGCAGUACUGGUGCCGGGUGCCGGCGCUGGAAAACUUUACCGUGGAGGAGCGGAAAAUGUACGCCAUUCCCGUGACGCAGGAUGGCGACGGGGUGGAAAGUUACAGCAAAUGUUCUCGCUACUCGGUGGACUGGAAAGAGAUACUGAAUUACAGUGACACGGAUACACCGCUGCCGACACCGAACGCAUCGUGGCCCACCGAACCGUGUCUCGAUGGUUGGGAGUACAACACGUCGACGGUGCAAUCGUCGAUCGUGAUUGAUUUCAAUCUCGUCUGCGAUUAUGACAUCUAUCCAACGCUGGGGCUGGUGGCACUGAAUACCGGUGGUCCGGUAGGAGUUUAUCUGUUUGGGCUGCUUAACGAUCGCGCCGGAAGGCGAAUAUCGUACUUCUCCUGUUUGGCCACGUUGCUCGCCGGUAGCUUCAUUACGGCGGCCAGCACCAGCUUCUGGAUGUGGGCCUUUAGUCGAGUCAUCGUGGGGCUUACCAUUCCGGCUGUUUAUCAGAUUCCAUUCAUCAUAGCGCUCGAGCUGGUCGGACCGAACUACCGAUCGUUCGUCACCGUGAUGACUUGUACGUUCUACACCUUUGGCAUCAUGAUGUUGGCCGGUGUUACGUAUCUGAUACGGGAUUGGGUGGAACUGACGCUCUACACCUCCGUCCCGUUUCUGCUGUACUUUCUCUAUCUGUUGGUGAUGCCGGAAUCACCGCGUUGGUUGCUAAUGAAGGGCAAGCUGGAGCAAGCGUUGGCGAUCUUGGAGAAGAUGGCUCGCGUCAAUGGGAAACAGCUGCCCGAAAGUUUCCGCAAUCGGUUGCAGCAGCGCGUACUGGCGGAGAAGAAUCGUACGACCAAGCACACCGAACCCACGAUCGGUGCGUUCGAUCUGUGCAAAACGCCCAACAUGAGACUGAAAACCAUCUUGAUCACGCUGAACUGGUUCGCCAACGAGACGGUCUAUCUGGGACUGAGCUAUUACGGGCCAUCGCUGGGUGAGAAUCAGUAUUUGAGCUUCUUCCUGUCGUCGCUCGUCGAGAUUCCGAGCUACAUCAUCUGCUGGAUUAUUAUGGAUCGAUGGGGCCGUCGGUGGCCCAUGUGUUUGCUCAUGAUCCUUAGUGGUAUCAGCUGCAUAGUAACCGUUGUGCUGACGGAGGAUGCUGUGACGGAGACGCUCAUACUGUACCUGCUCUCCAAAUCGAUGAUAUCGGCCUCCUUCCUUAUCAUUUAUCCUUUCGCUGGUGAGCUGUAUCCUACACAGGUACGCGGUGUCGGCAUCGGAACCUCUAGCUACAUCGGAGGACUUGGACUGAUUGUGAUUCCCUUUAUCACUUAUUUGGGUAAAGAGAACCUCCGGUUACCGCUUGUCAUCAUGGGAUUCGUGUCCGUGCUCGGGGGUUUUACCGGAUUGCGGCUACCGGAGACACUGCACCAUCGGUUACCGCAAACACUCGAGGAGGGGGAACUGUUCGGGGCGGACUGGACAUUCGAUGAGUGCUUCCGGUGUAUACCGAGCAAGAAAUCACCAGCCAGCUCCUACGAGAACCUAUCGCACGAUCCUUCCGAUCCGGCCCUCGAGCUGAAUGCUGCCGUACCGAUCAAUGCGACCGUCGCACGGCCAAGCUGCUCCAGUGGGGCCGGUUCUACCGAAAGGACUCCACUGGAAAUCGCGCGGAUACGACGACAAUCGAUGAAGCGACUCGUACGCCAGGCAAGCACCAUGGACACACAGAAAACGAGAGACGGUGCCAUGCAGCUUACUUACUGGUUUUGAGCCUGGUUUCGGUAAACUUUGCCCGCGACAUGCCAGAUUGUUGUUGAUUUUUUUUGUAUUAACAAUAAAGAAAUACGUA